ACUCUAUUAACCCAACUAAAUUAGAAACCGGAGAAUUGACAUAAAUAAAUCCUUUCCGUAUCUCAAUUCGUUUAACCUAUUAAUGCCUGCAGACAACAGGAGUCACAAAUUACGGACUGCUAUUAUCAUUGUUGUUCCAACGAGUAUCUUAUUAGUGUUUAUUGACUCUACCUUUUUCCAGUUGAGGAAGAGAAUCAAAAGUUCACAGACAGAUAUUUCAUCCAAAGGUGAUGGAAACAUUGGUUUACCUACUUUCGAUGUUGUCACAAUUGCAAAAGCUACAAACAACUUUUCCAGUUCAAAUAAGAUUGGAGAAGGUGGAUUUGGACCUGUUUUCAAGGGUCAGCUAUCAACUGGACAGCUGAUGGCAGUCAAAAGGAACUCAGAAAAGUCCAAUCAAGGGCUCCGUGAAUUUAAAAAUGAGGUUAUCUUGAUUGCCAAACUUCAACAUGCACCGGAAUCUUGUUAGGCUUUUGGGAUGUUGCAUUCAAGGAGAAGAGAGGAUGUUGAUUUACGAGUAUAUGCCCAAUGGAAGAUUGAACUCGUUUAUUUUUGGUUUGACAUCUUAAAUCGUUCUUAUAGCUUAAUUGAAAUUUUAAACAAAUGUCAUAUCUCUAUUCAUUUUAGUGCUUCAUGUACCAAAUUAAACUACUACAAUUGAGUAAAACCCUAAGUUGAUUUGAUCUGAAUCUUCCCAGAUAAUAGAAUUCACUCUCUCACAUGGAGUACGCUGUUCAAUAUUGUUGUGGGGAUUGCUCGAGGGCUUCUUUAUCUUCAUCGAGAUUCAAGGCUUAGAGUUGUUUAUAGAGAUCUGAAAGCCAGCAAUGUGCUACUUGACAUUGAGAUGAAUCAAAAAAUUGCAGACUUUGGCAUUGCUAGAGCUUUCAAAGGAGAUCAACAACUAGAAAAAACAAGAACAGUGGUUGGAACUUAGUAAGUACUCAAAAGAAUUCUUCAUAGUACCUGCCCGGCCGCGUUCAAUCUCCCUAAAUUACUAAAUUGGUACCUACCCAUGUUCGAUCUUUCUGAUGCUCUAAAUUGUUGACAUGGGCAUGUAGUGUUUAUAUGUCUCUUGAGUACGUAAUGGAUGGGAUCUUUUCAAUAAAAUCAGACGUCUAUAGCUUCGGAGUGCUAGUUUUGGAAAUAGUAAGCGGAAAAAGGAACCGAGAGUUCUGUCAUCCUGACCACGGUCUUACCCUCCUCGGACAUGCAUGGCAACUAUGGAUUGAAGGAAAAGCCAUAGAGUUAGUACACGAACAGAUGGAUGAUUUUCCAAUACCGGAAAUGUUAAAAUGCAUACAACUUGGUCUCUUGUGUGUCCAGCAACACCCUGAAGACAGGCCGACAAUGUCAUCUGUGGUCUUGGCAUUGGACAAUGAGAGUGCAACGCUACCCCAACCGAAGGAACUGGGUUUCUAUACUCAGAGGAGCAGGUAUGAGACGGAGCCUCCAUUGACUGGAAAACAAAGUACUACAAGAAAUGAGAUGACUCUUACAAUUCUGUCAGGUCUGAUAGGAAAUUUUUUAAGGAAUUGGACAAGUACCAUGUUUGAAACUUAAAAUUAAAGAGUGAAUUAAUUGUAGAUAUUUUGCU